AUGGACCUUUCCGGCGAGCAAUUCGAUGUAAUCGUGGUCGGAGCCGGAAUCAUGGGCAGCUCCACCGCGUACCACCUGGCCAAGAGAGGCCAGAAGGUGCUCCUCCUCGAGCAAUUCGAUUUCCUCCACCACCGCGGCUCCUCCCACGGCGAGUCCCGCACCAUCCGGUCAACCUACACCGACGACUACUACUGCGCCAUGGCCGUCGAAUCGGCCCGUCUCUGGGAGGAAGCCGAAUCGGAAAUCGGGUACAAGGUCUACUUCAAGGCGCCUCACUUCGAUCUGGGUCCUUCCAACAGCCAGAGCCUCCGCGCCCUGAUCGCCAGCUGCGGCAAGAGAUCCGUCGGGUGUCGGGUUCUGGAUCCCCGCGAGGCGGAGGAGGAAUUCGCCGGCCGGUUCAAGCUGCCGGAGGACUGGAUCGGGGUUUGCACGGAGCUGGGCGGGGUAAUUAAACCCACCAAGGCUGUCGCGAUGUUCCAGACUCUGGCGAUUCAGAACGGCGCCGUCUUGAGGGACCGUACGGAGGUGAAAGGGAUCGUGAAGGAUAACGAGAGAGGCGGAAUUAGGGUUCUAAUCGGCGACGGCGGAGGAGGGGAAGAAAUUUGGGGGGAAAAGUGCGUGGUGACAGCUGGAGCUUGGACGGAGAAAUUGGUGAAAAUUGUGAGCGGGAUUGAGCUUCCGAUCCAGCCCGUGGAGACGACGGUGUGCUACUGGAGGGUGAAGGAAGGGCACGAAGGUAAAUUGGCGAUCGGAGGCGAUUUCCCGACGUUCGCCAGCUACAGCCAGCCGUACAUCUACGGGACGCCGUCGCUGGAGUUUCCCGGGUUGAUCAAGGUGGCGGUUCACGGCGGGUUUCCGUGCGACCCGGACCGGAGGAAGUGGGGGCCCGGGAAGGCGGUGGAGGAGCUGAAGGGGUGGAUCGCGGCGACGUUCGGCGGCGCGGUGGAGACGGAGGGAGGGCCGGUGGCGAAGCAGUCGUGUAUGUACUCCAUGACUCCCGACGAGGAUUACGUGAUUGAUUUUCUGGGCGGGGAGUUUGGGGAAGAUGUGGUCGUCGGCGGCGGGUUUUCGGGUCAUGGGUUCAAGAUGGGCCCGGUGGUUGGGAAGAUUUUGGCGGAGCUCGCGGUUCACGGGGAGGUGAAGGGAGUUGUGGAGGAAGGGAUUCUGCGGUAUUUUAGAAUACAGAGAUUUGUGGAGAAUCCGCUUGGGAAUCCCAAGGAGUAUUCUGGUGAGUGA